GACUUCUCUUCUUUCUCUUCAUCUUUUUGCGAGAAAACCCUAGUAUGAUUGACGGGGAUGGCCAAUCCUCCGCAGGCAAAUUGGGGGCAGUUGUUUGGGGUUGGAGCUGAUAAUCUUUUGCAGUAUGUUCUGCCAGUUAUGGUCGUUGGGGAACUUGUUAUUCCUCAAUCGUUUCGUGAUGAAGGCGAUGGGAGAUGGAGGAAAUCGCUCGUCAGACAACUCCUUACCAGGCCGCCGAGCUUGUUCAAGAUUCGUCGUUGGGCACAUCGGUUUUGGGGAAGGGAGGGACAUGUUUAUGUAUCGCCGCUGAGUGAAAAUCUCUAUCUAUUCCAGCUGCCGGGCUCGGAUUCUUGCACUUGGGAUUUUGAAAAUGGUCCUUGGAACUGUGACAACAACCCAUUUUUUGUACAGAAAUGGACUCCAGUGGAUGGGUUGAGUAGAGUUGCUAGCGUUUUGGGAACACCGCUCUGGAUGGAUCAAGCUACGCGAAUUGGAACUCAUAUUGGAACUGUUCGACUGUGUGUAGAAAUGGCUGCCACUUCGUCUUUUCCACCGGAGUUUUGAAUUAGGCCGGCGGGGGGUGAGUCUAUGACGCUGAAUGUUGAGUACUUAAAUGUCCCAAAUUGCUGUGAGGAUUGUGGGUUGUUUGGUCAUAUGGUUCGGGAGGGUUCACAUUGUAGGAAGGUUGACGAAAUGAACAAUCGUGUGCUUGUGGUUGCGGGCAUGGUGGAUAUGGAUACAUUGCAGGUGAAAUGGCAACAGAGAGAUGGUGACAAACAACCAGAGGAUAUAAUCCAGAAGGCUCAUGUGCAGAUGCAGGACAUAAUCCAAGAUGCAAGUUCCAUUUCUCAAGUUCUUCAAUGGGAAGAGGUAAGGCCAUUAUGGAUGAUGAUGGGUUCCAUUUUAUUACUAGGAAGGGUAGACUGUCUGGUAUAGCUUGUGGUAGUGAAUUGAGAAUUCCUCAGUCAGCGGUGGUGGCUAGGGUCCCUCUAAAUGAAAAGGGUCAGGCUAUGGUUGCUCCUUUCUUCUCCAAGGAAGGUUAAAGGGAUGGGGUUGAAGCAGAAGCAAUUAAGUUGCUCUGUUGGAAUCUCAUGGGCUUUAAUGGCCCUGAGAAGCAUAGAUAUAUUAGUAGGAAGUUAAAUAAAUACAGUAUAGAUAUGGUUGCUAUAUUAGAAACGAGAGUUACUGCAAAUAAUGCGGAUACGAUACU